UUCAAACCACAGCAGCCCUCGCUCUCUGCCGGCAGAGAGACCGAGGGACACAAAGAGAAAGAGGGUGUGAAGAAGACGGGCCUCUCAGGGGCUCAGAGGGAAGCAUCCAAAGCCAGCUGGUCUGGCUUUGAGAUAAAUCAAUGAGCAGAGUGAGACAAAGGCAACAGAGAGAAGAGGAAGAGUCGUGGACAGGGGGAGAAAAAGAGAAACAGAAAGUCAGGACUUGCAGAGUGAGGAGACGAUUGAAACAGCUGGAUCUGUGAAGGCAAACACAACAAACAGGACAUUUUUGAUUUCCAAGAAGGACAAAACACCAGAAAGCUGAGAACCAAGGAUGUAUUGAAUGAAAAAUAAGAGAUAGAAGCUGAAUAUUCUUGGCCCAGUAAAGAGGAUAGUCUUUCUCUGAUUGUUUGAUUGUGGUGUGGGGAAGACAGAGGAGAGAGCGUGAAACAGAAGAGAGACCAUUGCACGAUGUGCUAGGAGAGAGGGGGAAGAAAUCGUGUAGUUUUUCUGAUAUUGUUUAGGUGUCAGAGAGACAAGAAAGGAUCCAGCCAUGGGGCGGAAGAAGAUACAGAUCACCAGAAUCAUGGACGAGAGGAACAGGCAGGUAACCUUCACGAAGAGAAAGUUUGGCCUGAUGAAAAAGGCCUACGAGCUGAGCGUGCUGUGUGACUGUGAGAUAGCCCUCAUCAUUUUCAACAGCUCUAACAAACUGUUCCAGUACGCUAGCACAGACAUGGACAAAGUGUUGCUGAAAUACACAGAGUACAACGAACCCCACGAGAGCAGAACCAACUCUGACAUUGUAGAGAAAUUGAGAAACAAAGGCCAUAAUGACUGUGCUAGUCCCGAUCCCGAUGACUGUUUUGGGCACAGCCCCCUCAUGGACGACCAUUUCGGCAAACUAAGCGAAGCGCUAAACAAGAAAGAACACAGAGGUUGUGAUAGCCCGGACCCUGAUGCCUCAUAUGUCCUCACUCCUCACACAGAAGAAAAGUAUAAAAAAAUUAAUGAGGAGUUUGAUAAUAUGAUGAGAAAUCAUAAAAUCCCCACAGCAUUGCCACAGCAGAACUUCUCCAUGCACGUGGCAGUGCCUGUUUCCAACCCUAAUGCCAUGUACCAGCAAGGAGGACCUCUGGGCAGUCAGGCCCUGGCCUCAGCUACAGCCUCCCUGGUUGACAGUGGGAUGCUGUCCCCUCCACAGGCCUCUCUGCACAGGAAUGUGGGCUCAAGUGCAGGCUCCCAGAGGCCCACUAGUGCAGGCAGUGCAGGUGGCAUACUGGAUACCACAGACCUUUCUGUGCCAAGUGUUGUGGGCUCCAGCCCAGCGGGGAAUGGUUUUGUUAACCCCAGGGGCUCUCCGGGUGUCCUGAGCACACCCAGCGGCAAUGGCCUGGGUAAAGUCAUGCCCACCAAGUCUCCACCGCCCCCUGGAGGGAACAUGGGAAUGGGAAGCCGCAAGCCAGACCUAAGGGUUGUUAUCCCUCCAUCUAGCAAAGGGAUGAUGCCCCCACUGUCGGAGGAGGAGGAAAUGGAUUUGAACACUCAAAGGAUAAGCAGCUCCCAGUCCACCCAGCAGCUGGCCACUCCAGUAGUGUCUGUCACCACCCCCAGCUUACCUCCACAGGGCCUGGUCUACUCAGGCAUGCCCACCUCCUACAACCCUUCUGAGUUCUCCCUGAGCAGUGCAGAGAUCUCUUCCCUACAGGGCUUCAGCUCUCCCGGGCUCUCGCUGGGCUCCAUGUCGGCAUGGCAACAGCAUCAACUGGGCCAGGCAGCUCUUAAUUCUUUGGUAGGUGGAGGUCACCUACCUCAGGGUUCCAACCUCUCCAUCAGCACCAGCCAGAGCAUAAACAUAAAGUCUGAGCCCAUUUCACCACCCCGGGAGCGCGUCACCCCCUCCGGCUUCCCCCCUCAGCAGCCACAGCAAGGGUCAAGCCGGCAGGAAGUUCUGGGACGUUCACCUGCCGACAGCCUCAGCUCGUCCUGUAGCUCUUAUGACGGCAGUGAUCGAGAGGACCACCGGCCAGACUUCCACUCCCCGCUGGGGCUCGGCAGACCACCUGCUGGCUCUGAGGACAGGGAGAGCCCUUCAGUCAAGCGCUUGCGCAUGGACACAUGGGUGACAUAAAGAGCCAGGAUCAGGCCUCCAGUCACCAGCCAGGCAGAGAAGGGGGAGGGAGGGAGGGGUGAACAUAGAAACAAAAGAAAGAGCAAGGGUCCUUAGAGCUAUCAUUACUAUACUCUUAUCCAACUCCAUUUCAAUCUGUAAGACAGAGUGGCAAAGGUUACAAAACAUAUCUAAAGUAAAUUCUCAAACAAAAGCAGAAAGAUUUGAAAAAUCACACUUAGCUGGACUGAAAUUUGUGCACAAGCAGGUGAUAUCAGGUACUCUGUGCAUUUCAGAUUUGCAGGAGAGAGAUGCUCAAGGAACAGUUAAACAAUAAGUGGUAGAUAAUUGUAGUCAUUGGUCUAGACAGACACUUACAUGUAGUUGCUGUUAUGCUGCUGUGCUUGCAAGUUGCAAACAAUCAGAGAAAGUUGUGUUGCUUUCAAGCUGAGGACCCUCAGAUAUGAUAUUCAGUGCAAGAACUAUAUUUUAAAACCGUGCUGUAACUGUACAAGACCUUUAUCUGAAGUGGCCUCGUCUGAUUUAUUGAUCAGUCCAUCAGAAGAGGACAUGGAGUUAGUCAAUAAUUUAUAAUUCACCAGGAUUUUGCUCACACAGUAAAUAAAAGCAGCAAUUGAGACUACUUUAGUGAUAAAAUGAAACAGUACUGUUGGAGGUUAAAACAAAAUAACAACAGAAUUAUUGCAAUAAUGACAUACUAUUCAUUUUUUAUUUAAAAGAGUAGGAUAUAUAAAUGUGCAAUUAAGAUAAUGCAAACCUGUCCAGUUGAACUGGUGAGAAAAUCAAUAUGUUCACAUUUGUGUAACAGUUCAUCAGUAAUAUAAGCCAAAGCUGUUCUUUUGUGUUGUUUUGUACAGUUGCUACAGUUUCCUAACAGUACACUCAAAUGCACCAUUUCUUUCAUUGUAGUUUUAUAUUUUAUUGUGCGUCAUCGCAAACAGUGUAAGGUCGUGUAAACCUGAAUCAAUAUCUUAAGCCAUGGACAUUUACUGUUCUGUUUGUACAAUUGAAAAUUUGAGCCAAACAUUUCCUCUGUUGUGUAAAUAAGGACUUUAAUAUAUAACACAAGGGUGAGAGUACAUGCUGAACGUACUGUUCGAUCACCGUUUUCAAGAAAAGUAUAUUUUUGUGGAUUACAGUCAAGUUUACAAGAGUAGACCCUCAAAAAGUAGAUCAUUCACUGGUCAAUAUUUGCUAUUUUGUUCAUUUCACUGUAAUCUCUUCUAAAUUGAAUAUACAACAUAACCUCCCAUGUGUUUUAGUUCCUGAUGGUCGACUUGUUCUUUCUGUCUUUAUUAGUGGUGAUUGUUUGUCCUGAAGACAUUGUAUUAACAAUGCUGUGAGGUUGAAGUUCCACUGUUUUCAUAUUUGUGAAGGCUGAUCACAAGGCUACAGGAUAAAGGGUUUUUCCCUCCUAUUGUGUUAACCCAUCUUAGUUGUAUACCAGCAGCUGCUGAAUACACUGCCAACAUUCAAACCCAAGGUCCCAGCCCCACACUGAAGAAUUAUCUAUUGUUAUUGCAUGUAGCUCAUCUGAAAGACAUGCCAUCUCUCAAGCCCUUUUCACUACCUUCUUAUUGGUUUAUAGAAUUUAAGCUGAGGACAUGUGCAAGGUAGAAGAGGCUUCUGACCUUCACACAAAACUGAACAUGCCUCUGCCUGUAAGUGGUUGUAAACAACACAAUCUACUUAGAAUGUGAGCCAUAAAUAAGUACAAAAAUAUUCAUCUUAAUUGGUUCUGAAUUUUUUUUAUCCUACAUCAAUGCCGUAUUACCGUUAAGGUUUAAGAACCUUAUAUCAGAAAAGUGAAAAUCUGAAGGAUCCAAAUUCAUGUACAAGGAAGGUGCAGAAAUGGUGGCUGGGACUUGUAUUUUUCCCAUCCUUAAAGAAGCUAACAUAUCAGCAGCUGAUUCAUCAUAUUAAGAACAACAACAAUGCAAAGUCAUUGACUUCAAUCUCACUGCUGGAUUGCACACAAUUGUAUGGGAAGUUUGCUGUACGAGGAAGGUAUCGCUUUGCAUUCACCGUGACAUAUCCUGAGUGUUUUACUGAGGUUUCCACCCCCAUUAUUAACUCAAGGUUUUAGUACAUACCCGUAAUGAUCUAUGCAGCUUUAGUCCCCUAUCCAUAGGACAUAAAUCAGUCUAUGAUGUCACAUCAGGUCAUUUUGUAAAGCCCAGGAAGAAGAGCAUCAGAGGGUCGACUGUUCUGAUAUUAUCCUGAAGUGCCACAGCUGGACACUGCUGGAGUUCCAUAUAAUGCAUUUUAUUACAUAAUUAAUGUGGUUGUAACCCCAGGAAUCUAUUAGUAUUUGUCUCUAUUUGUAGACACACCUACAUAAUUUUUAGUAAUCCAUAAUGUAAUCCAGUGUAACACAGCUGGUUAAAAUAGCAAUAAUAAAAGACUACAACAACAAUUGUCUGCCUGUUUAAGGCAGCAGCACCUCAUAGUUGAGCACACACUUUAGCACUUAAUAACAUAUCAGGGAAUUUUGUAGUUUCUCUAUUUACAGUAUAUGCACAGAUAGGAAAUGCCUUAUCCCAAAGAAAAGUAACAUUUUUUUCAUUUUAUUUCAUUAAAGAAACAGAUUUAUUGAUUCUGACCAGACCUGCCUCUUCUUAGAAAAGACUAGCACUCUAACAUGAACGGUGAAUGCACUGUGACGCACUUCGCUCUUUGGGUCUUUGUCCAAAUUGUGCACAACUGAUGAAUGUGAAAGGAAAGGGUAAUCAAUGAACCUUUGUAGAGGACUUUUCUUCACUUUGCUGUGUAAGAGUACACUGCUUUGCUUCAUGGCUUUUAUAAACAGAACUAUGUGUUUGGUAAGUGUUUGUAGUUGAUAGUUCACGUAACUGAAGAAGCUGUUUUUUCGGUUUGAAUGCUCAGACCGUUUGGCGGCACAAGCUGGACUUUGUUGCCAAUCAUGAAAUUAUUUGUUUUAAAAUCGAAAGAGGUUUUAAGUUAAUCUACAUUUUAUUUCCCUUGAAUGUGUUAUUUUAUUUUCAUCAUACGAUAAAUAUUCAAGUGAACUUUUUAUUAAACAAUUAACAUACUAUGCUAGAUAUUGUUGUAAAAAUUUGUAUUCUUCACAAAAGUACAAAUAUUGGCUUUUAAUGUGUAAUUUAGGUUAUCUCUCUUAUUCUGUAUAAAAUGAAGUAAACAACUCUUACAUAGAAUUUGUUCUCCUGUGAAGUCCCAAACAGUAGAAACUGUCAACUUUAUUAAACACCUCAGUGUAUGCUCA